AUGGCGUCUCGAUCUACUCGGGGCAUGGCCUCUCUUCAAGAUGCUAUUGAAAAGUUAUCUGUUCGCGAAAAGCUUUUGUUGUCUCAGGCUAUUUACGAAUAUGGUUCGUCGAAAUGGGAUGAGGUUUCGAAGCUAGUGGUAGCCCACCCUCUCACAGAACGACCAAACACGUUCUUUUCCCCAAAUAAUUGUCUCGCUAUGUAUAAUCAUCUAAUGCGCGAUGUGGGGUACGGCCCGUCAAACCCACCUCCUGGUGACACUACAGUUCCCAAAGCACCUGUGCACAAGCAAAUGGCUCUCCAUUAUUACAAGCACCAUUUACUAGACUUAAAGAACCUUAUUGCCGCGGAAGAAGCUCGAUUCAAAACUCUUACCGUUGAAAUUGAGGAGAUUAGUGCAGGAAAAUGGGACGAAAAGAUUCUGGCAGAAAUCAAUUCUGUUAGUCCCAGCGAUGGCUUUAGGCUGCCUUCGGCAUCUCCGCUGCCAAAACACCUGACACUAUCAUCGGAGGAGUUCGGACAGCGCCCAGAAUCACCCUCUGAUUCUCAGAGGCCGUACUCCCCAGGUGGACGCUCAACCCGUGACGGAACACCUGUGGAUGCCAGUACACCCCGCACCAAUCCAAGCUCUCCGGCUGCUGACCGGUCAAAGCCCGUUUCUACCACAUCAACUGGUUCUCAGCCUCGUCCAUGGAACUCUAAAGACAAUAAGCGUGUGCGUGAAAUGAAGGAGCGUCGGGCUCGCGAGCAGCUCGGAAAGCUCGCACCUAUUGUAUCUGAGCAGCCUGAGCCAACUACGGAAGACGCGCAGCCUGAAACACCGAUUGCCGAGACACCGCAGACACCAGUACCUCCCUCUGCCAGCAUUGGACUUACCGAAGAACCGACGUCUGUUACAGCACCUGAUUCUAGCGUCAAGCCCGAUGUUUCUAUUUCGGAGGAUUCUCAGCCAGCUGACGCGGAAGGAACGCCAGUCACCGCAAUAGAGAGUGUAGUAGAUAUGACAGAAGAUAUCAUGGAGAGCUCCCAACCCAGCGAUGACUCCAAGGGAACUAAAAUAAAACGCCGUGCGUCGGAUGUUUCCAUGGCAGAUGUGCCGCCAGAUCCUAAACGACCCCGACAAGAGGAUACCGAGAUGCAGGACAUGUCAACCGAUGCACCAACUCAAUCUCCUGAACCUUCUACUUCGCAUCCAACUCCCGUCGCGCGAGGUUCAGCCGCGCCCACCCCGACAUCCACCUCGACCUCUACUGCGCCGCCGCCAAGCGCUCCCGCUCCGCAACCAACUGCGGUUACCAACAAGAAGUUCCAGAAUGUGAUUUCGAUGGUUCACCAACAAAUCUAUCAGCACCGUGGUGGCAACAUUUUCCACAACCCUAUCAAAAAAUCCGAGGCGCCUGAUUACUAUGAGAUUGUACGCCGUCCCAUGGAUCUAAAGACGGUCAAAUCUCGUAUAAAGGAUGGAGUGAUAUCGAGUGCGGACCACUUCAAAAGGGAUGUGUUUCUAAUGUUCGCAAACGCGAUCAUGUACAACCGGCCAGGAACCAGCGUAAACGAUAUUGCUGCCGAGGCAAGUCAUGGAUGGCCGAUUCUGACUCGUCGGCUGAUUACCCUAUCGUUCUAG